UGUAUAAGAUCUGAGAACUUCUCACCAGAGAGUGAGUCAGUGAGUACUCACAACAAUGGCGCAGUUCUUAAACAACAACAACUGCAACCACUUUUCAUUCUUCUUCACUAUCAUCAUCAUCAUCAUCUAUACAUCUACACUUGCUUCUGCUUCCGAUUCUAUCCAAGGUUGCGGCGGGUUUGUUGAGGCGAGUUCUUCUUUGAUCAAGUCAAGGAAGUCAACGGAUUCAAAAUUAGAUUAUUCUCAUAUCACGGUCGAGCUGCGUACUUUGGAUGGCUUGGUGAAGGACAGAACGCAAUGUGCUCCAAAUGGUUACUACUUUAUCCCAGUUUAUGAUAAGGGUUCAUUUGUUAUCAAGAUUAAGGGACCUGAAGGAUGGUCAUUGGACCCAGAUCAGGUUCCCGUGCUUGUAGAUCACACUGGUUGCAACAGAAACGAAGAUAUAAAUUUUCAAUUCACAGGGUUUAGUAUUAGUGGAAAAAUCGUGGGAGCAGUUGGCGGUGCAAGUUGUUCAUCCGCAGAAGGUGGUCCAUCGAAAGUAAAUGUUGAGCUUUUGGAUUCUAGUGGGAGUGUUGUAUCAUCUGUUUUGACAUCAGUAGCAGGAAGCUACUUAUUCACCAACAUAAAUCCAGGACGAUACAACCUACGAGCAUCCCGUGAUGACCUGAAUAUUGAAGUGAAAGGCUCGACAGAGGUUGAAUUGGGGUUUGGAAAUAUUCAAGUUGAUGAUGUCUUCUUUGUCUCUGGUUAUGAUAUUCGUGGGUUGGUCGUUGCACAAGGAAACCCUAUUUUGGGGGUUAACUUUUAUCUGUAUUCUGAUGAUGUCAAGGAAGUGCACUGCCCACAGGGUUCUGGUAAACCCUCUGGAGAUAAAACUGCCCUUUGCCAUGCUAUAUCUGAUGUUGAUGGAACAUUUAAGUUUAAGUCCAUUCCAUGCGGGGUUUAUAAACUUAUACCUUACUAUAAGGGCGAGAACACAGUUUUUGAUGUUUCUCCUCCCUCUGCGGAUGUGACUGUUCAGCAUGAGCAUGCGAUACUGUUUCAGAAGUUUCAGGUCACUGGGUUUUCUGUUGGGGGCCGUGUCGUUGAUGCUAAUGGCAAGGGAGUGGAUGGUGUAACAGUUGUGGUGGAUGGCGUAGAGAGGUCUAUCACUGAUAAAGAAGGAUAUUAUAAGCUUGACCAAGUAACAUCUAAACAGUAUCAGAUUGAAGCGAAAAAGGAGCACUACAAGUUUGACAAAUUGAUUAACUUCAUGGUUUUACCAAACAUGGCCUCGGUUGCUGAUAUAAAAGCAGUGUUAUAUGAUGUUUGUGGCUCGGUGCAGACAGUUGAUUCUGGUUACAGAGCAAAGGUAGCCUUGACUCAUGGACCGCAUAAUGCUAAGCCACAAAUGAAACAGACUGAUGAUACCGGCUAUUUUUGCUUUGAGGUUCCACCUGGUGACUAUAGGUUAUCAGCUAUUGCAUCCAAACCUGAAAGUAAUCCAGAUCUUCUGUUUUCACCACCACAUAUUGAUGUCAAUGUGAAUGGUCCAUUGCUAUCGCUGAAAUUCUAUCAGUCCCAAGUUAAGGUCCAUGGCUCGGUAACUUGCAAAGAGAAAUGUGAUUCAUCUGUAUCCGUUGAUCUUGUGAGGUUGGAUGCUAAAAGCAAAGAAAAGAGGCAGAUAGUGGGUUUGAUUGACCAGAGUAGUGAGUUUAUUUUUCAAAAUGUUCUACCCGGAAAAUAUAAGCUUGAGGUCAAACACCUCUCUAAAGAAGCUAUUGCUGGAGAAGAUAAAUGGUGUUGGGAAAAGAGUUCUGUCCUUCUUAAUGUUGGAAUAGAGGAUGUUAAAGGGGUUAAAUUUGUGCAAAAAGGUUAUUGGGUUAACUUAGUUUCCACUCAUGAUGUAGAUGCAUAUCUACUCCAGUCAGAUGGUUCUCGUGUGGACCUAAAAAUCAAGAAAGGUCCUCAGCGUAUAUGUGUUGAAUCUCCUGGAGUGCAUGAACUUCACUUUGUAAACUCUUGUAUACUUUUUGAAAGCUCACCUGUGAAAGUUGACACAGCAACCAAAAUGCCUAUCUAUCUGAAAGGAGAGAAGUAUCUGCUGCAAGGACAAAUAAAGGUUGAAUCGAGCUCACAAAAUGGGGAUGACCAGUUACCUGGAAAUCUAUUGGUUUCUGUUUUGAACGAUGAAGGAACUGUAAUUGAUAACACUGCUGCAAGAUUAGUAGACACUGGAAAUGAGCACUCAAAUCCAGCUCUUUAUGAGUAUAAAGUAUGGGCAAAUCCUGGAGAAAGACUUGCAUUUGUACCCAAGGAUACUGGGAGUAAAAAUGACAAGAAGAUUUUAUUUUAUCCUAGACAACAUCAGGUCAAGGUGGCACAAGAUGACUGUAAAGCUUCAGUUCCUCUAUUUUCUGGGCGAAUGGGGUUAUACAUACAAGGAUCAGUUUCUCCCCCGCUUUCAGAUGUUAAUAUUAGAAUCAUUGCUUCUGGAGACAGUCACAAUGCUCAAAUCAAGAAAAAUGAAUUAGCUUUUGCAACAACUACAAGCGGAGAUGGUCUGUUUAUUGGUGGACCCCUAUAUGAUGACAUAAAUUACCAAGUCGAGGCUUCAAAGCAUGGUUAUCAUGUAAAGAAAAUUGGACCGUAUUCCUUUUCUUGUCAGAAGCUUGGUCAAAUCUUCGUGCAUAUAAAUUCUGAAGAAAAUGCCAAGGAAUUAUUUCCCUCUGUACUGUUAUCAUUAAGUGGGGAAGAUGGUUAUAGAAAUAACUCGAUAUCUGCUGCUGGUGGAGCUUUUGUAUUUGAUAAUCUGUUUCCUGGAAGUUUUUAUCUCCGUCCUCUGUUAAAGGAGUAUGCUUUCUCACCGGCAGCACAACCAGUUGAGCUUGGUUCUGGAGAGUCCAGGGAGGUUGUAUUCCAAGCUACACGUGUUGCUUACAGUGCCAUGGGUGUUGUUACUCUGUUGUCUGGUUUGCCAAAAGAGGGUGUUUCAGUUGAGGCUCGCUCUGACAUGAAAGGUUAUUAUGAGGAGACGGUAACAGAUUCAUCAGGUUCAUAUCGCCUAAGGGGGCUUCAGCCUGAUACAACAUACACAAUUAGAAUAGCAAAGAUAGGUGGGUUUGGCAGUUCUAACAUUGAACGUGCUUCCCCGGAAUCCGUUGUGGUCAAGGUGGGAUAUGAAGAUAUCAAGGGAUUAGACUUUUUGGUUUUCGAGCAGCCAGCCACAACUUUGUUGACCGGCACAGUUGAUGGAAAAAGAAUUAAAGAGGUGUAUGAACACCUACAAUUGGAAGUCAGAUCGGCUAGUGAUCCAUCCAGUGUUGAAUCUUUGACACCUUUGUCACUUUCAAACUUCUUCCAGGUGAAGGGCUUGCCUAGGGGCAAGCAUCUUCUGCAGCUUCGAUGUACUUUAUCACCACGUACCCUCAGAUUUGAAUCUGAAGUAAUUGAAGUUGAUUUGGACCAAAUUUCUCAAAUACAUGUGGGUUCUCUCAGAUACAAAGUUGAAGAUGAUCACCAUAAACAGGAAUUGACUCCGGCACCUGUAUAUCAACUCAUCCUCGGAGUAAUGGUGAUUGCACUAUUUAUUAGUAUCCCGAGAUUAAAAGACGUGUAUCAAAGUAAUGUCGGAGCCCUAGUUCCAGGACCCAAUGCAUCAACUAAGAAAGCUGUGAGAAAAAGAACAUACUGAGGAGCCUUUGUGCAUUCAAGUGUCUUUAAUGUCACAUUAGCAACAUAGUUUGAGAUAUUCUCCAUUGGUAGAGGAGACUUGUUAAAGUGGUCAUUACGUUAUAGGGAUAUCCUUUUUCACCUAUGAAAUUUCAGGGAUUUAGUGCGGUACGUCUGAUGUACAAGUAAUUUUGCCAUCGCCUUUUCGAUAAACUCCUAGUUCAAUCAGUAAACGGCACAAUGGAGUUGUCACAUACUUCUAACCAUUUUUGUUGAGUAAACUAGUGCACUAUGUAUUAAUGCAAGGAAAAGUUGAACCUGAUGUUUUUGCUAUUUAGCGAGGGUCUCUGAUCAUUCUCCAAAUGUUCAGUAGCAUACAAUUGUGACUUGAACAAAACAUUGACGAAAAGAUAUUUUGGUGAAUAAAACAUGAUUGUCAGA